AUGGCAGCCGUUGUCUCAUUUCCCUCUUUCAUCCUCUUCCUUCUCCUCUCCUCUGCCAUGGUGGGCUUCGCCCAUAACUACUCCGUCCACUUGCAUUUGUACUUCCUAGAACGAGUCGCGGGUUCUCCCAAUGCGACGUCAGUGAUAUCAGUGAAUCUCCACCCGGAAUCCCCUGCCGGAGGCUUCGGCAACAUCAAAGUGAUCGACAGCAUUCUCCUCGAGGGGCCCGAGCCUAGCUCGCCGACCAUCGGCCGGCUGCAAGGCCUCGUCGUGUACUCAGACUUGACAGGACCUAACGCGAUGACGGCCUUGAACUUGGUGUUCAGCGCAGGAGAUUAUAACGGGAGCUCGUUGGCCAUGUUCGGGAGGUACGAGCCGGGAAGAGUGUCGGAUCAGAGCAUCAUAGGCGGAAGCGGACAAUUCUGGCUGGCCAGGGGGUAUGCCCUGAGCCAACGGGUCGCUAGCACAACCACCACACUGACUGAUGUGUUGGAUGUUUAUAUCACAUAUCCUUGA